AUUCCCCCACCGGCUGUUGCCUGAAUCACACACACUGAGCAACGUGGUAGUUAUUAAUAUCUUGGAUUAGCAGACCUAGUAUAAUGAGGCUGGUAAUUCUAUCGGUUUUGUUAAUUGUAUAUCAUGGGAGCAACGCUGAAGAACGUAGGCCGCCUUCCCGACAAUUGUGUCGUAGAGGACUGGUGUGUGUUUCUGCUGCUUCUUGCAGAGUCAGGGUGAGACCUAGCCAGUCCUCAAUGUGCAUCAAACAUUACAGAGGCUACGUGUGUUGCCCCAGACAUCGCACGAAAUCGGGAGAUAAAAGACCGGAGACCUCUCAGCAGUACAUGGACUAUUACGAUGAUCGAUACGAGACUUUUCACGGAAUAAAGUUAUCCACGCAGGCCAAAGAGAUACUGAGAGAUUAUAGAUACAGAGAUGAAUGUGGUGUACGGAAUCAUGCUCCAGCAGACAUGGCACGUGUAUCAUCUGGAUAUAUCCACGACAAAGGCAUCACCAGCUUCGGCGAGUUCCCAUGGCAUGUCGCAUUGCUGGUAAGAGAGAGGAAUUUUAAAGUUAAUAACGCAUACAAUCAAAGACCUUCCUACAGGUAUCAUUGUGGAGCAAGUCUUAUUCAUCCACAAUUUCUUCUUACUGCAGCUCACUGUGUUAAAGUUAUAACCCAGCUACAUAUGAGAAUGAUAUCGCAAUUCUGCAAAUGGAGAAGUCGGUUGACAUCUCUAGAACACCACAUAUAUCCACGGCUUGUCUGCCAGAGAGAGAUUACCUGUUUGAGGAUCACCUGAAAUGCUACGUUGUUGGAUGGGGCGAUGACGUUUAUAAGCCACAUUUUGGCAGUAAUAUAUUGAAGUCUACGUCAGUGACUUACACCACAGAGGAAGAAGAAUGUGAAAAGAAACUAUACGAAUCUCUUCCAAAAGUGGACGACAAAUAUAUACUGAACAGUGAAGCUCAGAAAUGCAUCUAUGGAGCAUAUGGACGUGAUGCUUGCAUUGGUGAUGGUGGUGGUGCUGUUGUGUGCCCCCUGAGAGACGCUGGCCAGAAAGCGUGUUAUAACCGUAACUGUGAGGAUGAACACUACUUCAUCAGCGGAAUUAUAUCCUUUGGGUCUCCUGUUUGUGGGGAAGGCUCGGUCACUAUCAUAACUGACAUACUGCAUUAUAUUGAUUGGAUAUACACCGAAUUACGACUCGUUGAUGGUGAAAAACAUUACGGUUACCGUCACUAAGAUCAACCUAAAACUGUCAGCAGACCAGUUAAGAAUGUCUCAACUUGAUGUAAAUUGUUUUGCUAAUUUAUUGAAAAGAUCAAAUUUGGCUGUGGACUUCAUUUUGUGGGGUCCCUAUGUCUUCAGUAUCAAUAGAACAAAUUCAAAAGUUUAGAAAAGCAGAAUGUGUGGUUUAAUGUAUUUUAAUAGAAAA